AUGGAUCUCAUUUCGAAAUUUAGGGCAUCCUGCGAGUACCGCGUCCCGAUCGCCGUCCGGGUCCCGUUUUUGGACGCCAUUGUGCCAGACCGCACGGGCAGCAAAUUGCUUGAGGUCCUGGACGUGCUGGUGUUCGGCGUGCUGUUCUACCACGGGCUGUAUCUGGUGUGUCGGCUGCUUUGUCUGCUGCCCCGAAUGCGGUCUCUGGUCCCGAAAAAAACCGACCAGCUCGACUUCAGCAUGCGGAUCGUGUCCUUUAUCCAGUCUACGUUGAUUGUGGUGCUGGCGAUCCCGCUUUUUGACAACAAAUACCUCAACCGGGACCGUGUUUUUGCGACCACGCCGUACUCUGAAAUGUACAGCACGCUGGCCGCGAGCUAUUUUGUGUGGGACACGGCGAUGUCGCUGCGGCAUCUACAACACUUUGGACUGGGCUUUCUGAUCCACGGCAUCAUGGCCAGCACUGUCUUUCUGUCUGGCAUCCGCACCCAGAUGAUCCACUACUACAGCCCGAUUUUCCUGCUAUUUGAGAUUUCGACGCCGUUUUUGAACCUGCGCUGGGUCGCUCUCAAGUUCCCCCAGCUCGUGCCCCAGUGGCUCGCGCUGGCCAACAAUGUCGUGCUGAUCUCGACCUUUUUCGGAGCAAGAAUCUGCUGGGGAUGGUACCAGAUCUACAGGCUGGCCGGGGACCUCUACGCCGCGCGACACGACCCGCGGUUCGUGCUGUCGACGGCCAUCAUCAUUCUCUCGACGAAUUUCGUCCUGGACAUUCUGAACGCGUUCUGGUUCAGCAAGAUGCUGACCGUGGCCGUUGCCACGCUUAUGGGCAAGAACGACAAGCUGAAACUCAUGUAG